AGAAUAGGUGGACAGUCUCGGAGGAGGGAGCCCCUGGCAGCCGGGCCACCCACACGCCAUGGCGAGCGUGGUGGUGAAGACAAUCUGGCAGUCCAAAGAGAUCCAUGAGGCCGGGGACCCCCACGCGGGGGUCGAGAGCCGCUCCCAGCUGGUCCCCGAGACUCCUGGGGGGGUAACCAGCCCAGUCAAGGGGAUCGCGAAGAAAAAGAAGGCUGUGUCGUUCCACGGGGUUGAGCCUCGGAUGUCCCAUGAGCCGAUGCACUGGUGCCUGAACCUCAAACGGUCCUCAGCCUGCACCAAUGUGUCCCUGCUCAACCUGGCGGCCAUGGAGCCCACUGACUCCUCGGGGACAGACUCAACCAUGGAAGACAGCAGCUCACUGGCACUGCCCGUGCCCCCUGCCUCCCCUACCCCACCCUGGGCCCCAGAUGACCCAGACAUCACAGAAAUACUGAGUGGGGUCAACAGUGGAUUGGUGCGUGCCAAAGAUUCCAUCACCAGCUUGAAGGAGAAGACCACCCGGGUCAACCAGCACGUGCAGACGCUGCAGAGUGAGUGUUCUGUGCUGAGUGAGAAUUUAGAGAGAAGGCGGCAAGAGGCGGAAGAACUAGAAGGGUACUGUAGUCAACUCAAGGAGAACUGCCGGAAGGUGACCCGGUCGGUGGAAGACGCUGAAAUAAAAACCAACGUCCUGAAGCAGAACUCUGCCCUGCUGGAGGAGAAGCUGCGCUACCUCCAGCAGCAACUGCAGGAUGAGACUCCAAGGAGGCAGGAGGCCGAGCUACAGGAGCUGGAGCAGAAGCUGGAGGCUGGCCUCUCCAGGCACGGCCUGGGCCCCGCCACCCAGCCCCCAGGCUGCUCCGGUCCACCCGGGAGCCCCGACGAACCCCCGCGACCGCGAGGCCUGGCCUCAGGCGGCUGGGGAAUGGGGCCCCGGCCAGGGGAGGGGCCCAUCGUGAGCGAGCAAGAGUUGCAGAAGGUAUCUGCCGGCCUUGAGGAGCUGAGGAGGGAGGUGUCUUCGCUGACCGCCCGGUGGCAUCAGGAGGAGGGAGCCGUGCAGGAGGCCCUACGGCUGCUUGGGGGUCUGGGUGGCAGGCUCGACGGCUUCCUGGGCCAAUGGGAGCGGGCGCAGCGCGAGCAGGCGCAGACCGCGCGGGGCCUGCAGGAGCUGCGGGGCCGGGCGGACGAGCUGUGCACCAUGGUGGAGCGGUCUGCAGUGUCUGUGGCUUCACUGAGGAGCGAACUGGAGGGACUGGGCCCAGUGAAACCAAUUCUGGAGGAGCUUGGACGGCAAUUUCAGAGCUCUCGGAGAGUGUCUGACCUCUCUAUGAACCUGGAUCGGGGAGCCCAAGGCUCCUGUACCCGCUGUGCCAGCCAGGGACAGCAGUUGUCCACGGAGUCCUUGCAGCAGCUUCUGGAACGAGCGCUGACUCCACUAGUGGACGAGGUGAAGCAGAGAGGCCUGGCUCCUGCCUGCCCCAGCUGCCAGAGGCUACACAAGAAGAUUCUGCCCAGUCCAGCAAGCCCAGCGGCGCCUACGCUCCUCUCCCCAGGAGCUGGAGCGCCAGGCCUUGGCCAAACACGUCAGGGCAGAGGCCCUGAGCUCCACCCUUCGGCUGGCCCAAGACGAAGCCUUGCGGGCCAAGAACCUGCUGCUGACGGACAAGAUGAAGCCGGAGUGAGGAAGCAGGCUGAGGGCAUGGGAGGAGGGGAGAAGGUGGCCACUGUGGACUAUCUACACUUGAAAAUGUGCUCCCUCCACGAUCAGCUCAGCAACCUGCCACUUGAGGGGUCCACGGGGACAAUGGGGGGAGGAAGUGGUGGGGGAACUCCCCCAAAACGUGGGGGCCCAACCCCUGAGCAAUAAAUGGCCCCUCAUGCUGGCAUGAA